UGUAAUUGAAACAAUGCCAUUUCAACGUGCGCUUUUAAAAAUAUAUCUUUCAACCUUUUCUUGAUCAGAAGAAAUUUUUAUAACACAAAACAUCUUUUAUUUGCAAAGAACAGAUAUAAAAUAGGUGAACCCAAAGUAGCAUGUUGUCCAUUAAAUGAAACAGAAAAAUAUGAAAACAAUUUUCACCUCCUUAGAGUAAAUAACUCAAGAGUUCUCAAUAAAACAUUUUGUUUUUUGUUGAAGAAACAUUUUUCUGGAUCUUUCAAAGCUUUGUUUAUGCUAUGAUGUCUUCAUUAGUGGUUAAGAUUUACACACAGACUUUUUUUUUAGCAGAUAGAUAGGAAGGGAUGCUAAGGAACCUGGUCAAGUACCACCAUCUAGUGGACAAAUGUGAUAACAGACCAGAAACUUCCUGAAUUCUCCGCCUCUCCUCCUGUCAGAGUAUAAAGCUGGGACAGAGUCACUGCUGAGACAGAAAGAUACACAGAAGAGAAAAGACAAUUCAACCAGCUUUCAUCUGCCAACAAAAAGACUCAAGACUUGAAACUCUGAAAAAUGCUGUGCUCUCGAGGUCUUCACUCUGAUCUCAGUCCAUCCAUGUUCUUCUUCUCACCUGUACGCAGUCUGUGGCCAGAGGUCAGACCUCUGUUCUACCAGCGGGAUCUGUUGCAGAGGAACCUGCAGGAGCUGCGCAGCAGUCUGGAGCUGAUGGAAAAAUUUCAAGACAAGAUCUUGGAGGAGACGGAGCCUUUCCAGAGCAGUGUGACCCUGCAACCAGUGAGCUUCCAGCUGGACAAAGAUGGACAGAACUUUGGCCUGACCCUGGACACUCGAGGCUUUUCUCCAGAGGAGCUGUCUGUCAGGCAGGUGGGCAGAAAGCUGAGAGUCAGCGGGAAGACAGAGAAGAAACAGGAGGACGGGAAAGGCUCCUACUCUUACAGACUCCAGGAGUUCAGACAAGAGUUGGAUCUGCCUGAAGGCCUGAACCCUGAAGCCGUCACCUGCUGCCUGUCUCCAGACGGAAAGCUCCACAUCCAGGCCGCCAAAGAGGAGGCUGACAGAGAACUGACCAUCAAGAGGAGCUCGGAGGAGGAACCACAGCAGAGAGAGAGUUCACAGAAACAAGAUAGCAAAGUGCAGACUCCCAAUACAUCAUAGAACAAACAGGAGAACCUGGACUUAAACUCUACAUGUGCAUAUCUGAUCAUUUCUUAUUAAUGGUAUUUAAGCUAAUUUAGCUCAUUUUGAUUUUAAACACGUCUUCAUUUUUAAACGUAUUAGCUAGUUCUGACUGUGAAUAAACGAUUAAAUGCAACAAGAUGACAUGAAUGUAGUAAAGGGACUUUUUUAUUUUGUUAUAUCUUUGUUUGAUGAAAGAGGAAUAAAUAAAUGUUUCAUGUUGAAAUGACUGCAUUUGUUGAGUCUUUAUUUGAAUGUUUCAUUAUUUAUUAAUCCAAACAAAUUUAUCUGAAAAUCACCAAUC